AAUAAUUUUAGAUAAAAAUAAAAUAAUGUCCACUGAAGAAGAUGGCUCUUAUUACGAGGACAGUGAGUCCUUCGACGAAAUCAACCAAGAACGCCAAAAACGGCUUCUCCUCUUAGAAGAAUACGAGAAGUUUCUUAAGCGCAAAAACUACAACAUCACUAAACUUCGAGAGACAGCUGCAGACAAGAUCUCCAAGAAGAACAGAAAAAGCAAGGCCCUUGAGAUGUUAAGGGAGAAGAGCAAGAAGGAACAGAAGGAAAGAACCAAGGAUGAGUAUAAGCAGAUACUGAGAGCCUAUUAUUUGGGAAAUGAACAAGAUGUGAUUAGGUAUGAGAAGGAUGUGGAGGAGUCUGAGGAGAGAGACUGGUAUGAAUGGACUUAUUGUUAUGCUUUUAAGAACCCAGAUGCGCAGAAGAAGGAGAGUGAAGUUGACUGCGAUGAUGCCUUUGAUCAGCUGGAUGGUUUAUUCAAAGAAAUGCCGAUGCCUAAUGAUAUCCAAAAAUCAAGGAUGCAUACAGCCCAUCAGGAGGUACUUCGAGAAAUCUUGGAGCAGAUGUGAGACCAAGAUCGUGAAAUCAAGAAAUAUAAAGGUGGAAGAUUUACGAAGAUCGAAGAUAAGAAAGAAGAAGAUGAAGGCAAUAAAAAACAAGAAGAGUUUGAUAUCAAUCCAAAAUGGAUCGAUAACGGCCCUUAUCCUAAGGACUUGUCCACUCUUGUCUAUAAUAUCUUCCUCUACAGAAUAAAUGUUGGACUAAGUCUUGAGUCGAGAACUGUCAUGAGCGUUGAUGGUAGCCAUAUUUAUAUAGUUAUCCGCGCUGACGAACUUGAUUUAAAAAGGGUGGCUGAGGAGAGUAAAUAUACCAUGCAGCUUGCUAUUGGUUUAACUGAUCUGACCUCUCUGGAGCCAUGCGACUACCUCUACAAACCAUUUAGGAAGUGUCAGAACAAGCCAGAUGAUAUCCUCCAAACUGAGAAGACUCUUGAAGAGUACUUCUCAAUUGUAGAAGGCAAUGUUAAGGAUACUUUAGAAGAUAAUCCAAAUAAACACCAAGUAAAAGAAAGUGUCAUUGGAAACAUGUCAAAUGCUGAACUGAUCACUUAUAAAGAGUACCUGAGAAUAAUGAAAGAGGGUUUUGCCGACUUCCAAGCACAUACAUUAAAUCGCCCACAUAUGAAGGGAGUGCACUUAAGGACUAUGGCUGUGAACGGACUUGAAGAAGCAAACAGAGAAGGUGCAGAAAAAGGCGGCGCUAAACUUUACAACCUAUGGCAGAGACUUGGAUGGAAACAUCGUAUUGGUGCUUUCGUAGAUUUUGUUGAUGAACCAGACACAGAAUAUCUCUGGAGAAAAUAUAUCGCUGAUGAAACUUUAAAGAGAUCUUUGUUCAGAGAUGUGGAUAGAAUCAAGUUGACUGAUAUCAUUUUGAAUAAGACUAUCUAUAAUAAAUCACUGUUUUCUUCAGGAUAUGUCUCUUGUGGGUUCGCUUUUCAUAACGAAUUCGAUUUAUUCGGAAAACCAAGAUUUAGCCAUGAAGAAAGAGAAAAUAUUAUGGAAGAUCAAGAGGUAGAACUUCAAGCAAAAGUUCUAUUUGCUGAGAACAUACCAAGAGGACUUAUGAAAUCCUGGAGAUGUGUCUUGCCAUCCCCCUCUAAGAUUAGGAAUUACUUUGGAGAGAAGAUUGCGUUCUACUUCCAUUUUUUGAAUUUCUUGACUGUAGCGUUGAUCAUCCCAGGGAUUAUAGGUAUAAUUGCUUUUGUGCUACAGAUAGUUUUUGACGUUGAUGAUAGUGGAACUGAUGGAGGAAUAGCUGAUUAUAAUAAUGCAAUUUUUACACUGAUACUUGUAAUAUGGUCAGCAGCUUUUUAUGAGUACUGGAAACGCCAAGAAGUCAAAUACUCAGUGCUUUGGGGUCAAACUGAUUUUGAAGAGGAUCAAGUGCAGAGAGUCGAAUUUUUCGGAAUUAUGAGACGAUCUCCUAUUGAUGAUAAGAGAGAAAUGUAUUUCAGCUCAUUUGCAAGAAUGUUUAGAAUGUUAAUUUCAACUUGUGUUACUUUAUUUAUGAUGUGUCUAACUAUUGCAUUGAUUCUCGGCACUUUUGCACUCAAGGAAUAUCUGAUUGAAGAAUUUAGUGGAGAUUUUAUAGAACCUUAUAUUCCUACUAUUAUCUCAACCUUGAAUGCCUUCCAGAUUUAUUUUUUCAAUCAGGUGUAUAACUACAUCGCAUUUUUGCUGACAAAGUUUGAGAAUCAUAAAACUCAAACUGUAUUCGAGAGAUCUCUGAUUGUGAAAACAUUUACUUUCUCUUUUGUGAACGGAUUUAACUCAUUAUUCUACAUUGCGUUUAUCAAACAAGAGCGCGAGGGAUGAAUUGAUGAUGUAAAUGGCACUCUUGUCCAGUCAAAGGACAACAACUGCUUCAGAGAGCUAUAUGUGCAACUUAGAUCAAUCUUCAUCAUUGCUAUUUUGUAUAAUUUAAUGGAGAUUGGGCUACCAAUAAUGUUCAACUUCCUUGCUAAAAGGAGCAGGAAAAAGUUCUAUGAAAAAGCCAAACAUUCUGAAGACCCUAAUGUCAAGCUGAUGCUGAGAAUUGAGAAAAAUAUGGAGAGAGGAGUCUAUGCCUUCAAGGAUAUUGAUGGUACCUAUUGGGACUACUUAGAAUUGAUGAGGCAGCUUGGAUACAUUCUGCUUUUUGGGCUUUCUUUCCCUCCUUGCCUAAUUUUGGCAUUUAUUAACAAUGUACUUGAGCAUCAGGUUGACAAAGCUAAAUUGGUGUACUUUAAAAGAAGGCCUCUCCCUCUAGGUGGAUCAUCAAUAGGUGUCUGGAGAAUAAUUUUGUACUUUAUCUCUAUCAUGGGAAUCUUCACGCAAGCAGCUAUUUUGUGUAUGACUGCAGAAACAUUCACAAAAGAUGGAGAUGACAAAUUCGUUCAGUUCUUAUGGGCAUCCUUAAUCUUUGUCAUCAUCAGAUGGAUGAUCGGAUACCUUAUCGAUGACUUUCCACUAAAGUAUAGAUACGUAUUGAAGAGACACCGCCAUAUAGUUAAUAAAUUCUUGGUUGGUUUGCCAGAGUCUUCAAGGUUUGAUGACCUGUUCAACGAGAAGACAAAAUUGUCAGUACACUCAAUAGUUAACGACAAACUCUAUGCUGCUGAUAGUUGCAAUAUUAGCAACGAAGCUCUAUCCAAAUCUUUUGACUCAGGAGUUUUGAAGGUUGUGACAAGCAUCGAAGCCACUAAGAACAAUGCAGUCAAGGUUGAAGAUAUCAAGCUCCAAGAGAAAACUCCUGGCUCCACACUCAAAGUCCCUGAGAAGGGAUCUGAUGAAUAUGAUGCUAGUAAUAAUGUAAAUAGAAGUUCGGGGAGCUAUAAUUCAAACUCAGAUUCAUACUUUGAUAACUCAGACGAAGAAUACGAUGAUCCCUCAGGAGAAGGCGAAGAUAGCUCAGGAAGUAGUGCGCAAGAAUCGAGCUAUAUGUCUCAAUCCAGCAUACCAGACUCAAGUGAGGAAGAACCGGUAGAUUCAUCAGAGGAAGAGUCUAAAAGAGGCAACUAA